GUUUGAAAUGGCGGCAUCGAACGGGAGUGAGUUUUUUGAUUUAGAUGUGGAGGCACAAAAUGAGAGUUUUGGUCGCCGGUCGAAUGCGGAGUCGGUGGAGGAAGACGAGCAUGAGUUGAUGUGGGCAGCGUUAGAGAAAUUGCCGACGCGGAAGAGAACGAAUUUCGCUUUGGUGAAGCGGAAUGAGGAGGAAUCUAGCGCAGGGAGGAGUCAUGACACCGUCGAUGUGAGAAAUCUUGAUCGGAACACUCGACAGCUUGUCGUCGAUAGAGCAAUGGCGACUACUGAACAGGAUAAUUAUAAGUUGCUUGCCGGCGUAAAAGAGCGCCUCGAUAGUGUGGGAUUGGAGGUUCCGAAAGUUGAAGUUCGAUAUGAGGAUAUAACACUCACAGCAAAUGUGACUGUUGGCUCCAGAGCUUUGCCUACUUUGGUGAAUUCAGUCCGUGAUGUCAUCGAGAGUAUAUUGACUGGACUGAGGAUAUUCCGUCCUAAGAGAAACUCUCUUACCAUUUUGAACAACGUGAGUGGUGUUAUAAAACCUGGGAGGAUGACACUGCUCCUUGGACCUCCUGGUUCUGGUAAAACUUCAUUGCUUUUAGCUCUUUCAGGGAAGCUUGAUAAUAGCUUAAAGAAAAGAGGGAUUAUCACGUAUAAUGGACAUAAGCUGGAUGAAUUUUGUGUGCAAAGAACUUCAGCUUACAUAAGUCAGACAGAUAAUCAUAUUGCUGAGUUAACUGUAAGAGAAACUGUAGAUUUUGCUGCUAGAUGCCAAGGUGCAAGUCAAGGAUUUGGAGAAUAUAUGAAAGACCUUGAUCGUUUAGAGAAGGAAAGAAGUAUACGUCCAAACUCUGAAAUAGACGCAUAUAUGAAGGCAUCUUCUGUUGGUGGUAAGAAGCACAGCGUGUCUACAGAUUACGUCUUGAAAGUUCUUGGUUUAGAUGUAUGUUCAGAUACAAUUGUUGGCAAUGACAUGAUAAGAGGAGUUUCAGGUGGACAAAGGAAGCGAGUUACGACAGGAGAAAUGAUUGUCGGACCCAGGAAAACACUUUUCAUGGAUGAAAUAUCUACUGGACUUGAUAGCUCCACGACGUACCAAAUUGUCAAGUGCUUAAGAAAUUUUGUUCAUUUAAUGGACGCAACGUUGAUGAUUGCUCUUCUUCAACCUGCACCUGAGACUUUUGAAUUGUUUGAUGAUCUGGUAUUACUCUCUGAAGGUUAUGUCGUGUACCAUGGUCCCCAAGCAGAUGUUAUUGAAUUCUUUGAAUCAUUAGGAUUUCGAUUGCCACCCCGUAAGGGCGUUGCAGAUUUCCUUCAAGAGGUUACCUCAAGAAAGGAUCAGGCACAAUACUGGGCUGAUAAUUCCAGACCAUAUGAAUUCAUUCCUGUUCAUGCAAUUGCCGAAGCGUUUAGGAACUCCAGAUAUGGUCAGGAUAUAAAGUCCUUCCUUUCUACUCCAUAUGAUAGAUCCAAAGGUCAUCCCUCAGCUCUAUCUACAACAAAGUUUGCUAUUCCCAGAUGGGAUCUCUUUAAAGCUUGUUUCGAGAGAGAGUGGCUUCUAAUGACUAGGCAUAGUUUUCUUUAUAUCUUCAGAACGUUUCAGGUUGCUUUUGUUGGAUUUGUAACAUGCACAAUGUUUCUAAAAACACGGAUACAUCCCACGGAUUUGACGAACGGCAACUUGUAUCUUUCUUGUUUGUUUUUCGCCUUGAUUCAUAUGAUGUUCAACGGAUUUUCAGAACUGCCUCUCUUAAUAUUUCGCCUCCCAGUCUUCUAUAAGCAAAGAGAUAAUAUGUUUUAUCCUGCAUGGUCAUGGUCCUUGUGUAGUUGGAUCCUGCGUUUACCUUACUCUGUAAUUGAAGCUGUCGUAUGGUCUUUUGUUGUGUACUGGAGUGUAGGUUUCGCACCUGGUGCUGGGAGGUUUUUCCGCUACAUGUUUACACUCUUUGUAGUACACCAGAUGGGAAUGGGUCUCUUUCGAUCAAUAGCUUCUAUUGCACGAGUUUUGGUUGUCUCAAAUACAUUUGCAUCAGCUGCACUGCUGAUCACAUUUUUAUCGGGCGGUUUUAUCGUGCCAAAAGGAAUGAUCAAGCCAUGGUGGGAAUGGGCCUUUUGGAUUUCACCAUUGACAUAUGGACAACGAGCUAUUUCAGUUAAUGAAUUUACUGCCACACGAUGGACGGAGAAGAUAACCAUUGGAAACAUAACUCUUGGGAAUGCCGUUCUGCGAUCGCACAGCCUGCCAACAACCAAUAGCUGGUAUUGGCUGGGAGUAGGUGUUUUAUUGCUCUACAUUGUGUUUUUCAACGCUAUUCUGACUCUAGCCUUGGCUAUUCUCAACCCAAUAAGAAAAUCCGGGGCAGUUGUCUCACCAGAAGCAGUGGGUACAGAUGGAGUUAGUAAGACUUCUGAGUCAAAUGGGGACCCUGACCCGGGGAUGACUAAAAAAAAGGGGAUGAUACUGCCAUUCCAACCACUGGCAAUGACUUUCCAUAAUGUCAAAUACUUUGUUGACAUGCCAAAGGAAAUGAGUUCAGAAGGAAUACCUGAAAAGAAGCUGCAACUACUGUCGAGUGUUAGUGGAGUAUUCUCUCCUGGUGUUCUUACCGCAUUGGUUGGUUCGAGCGGAGCAGGAAAAACCACAUUGAUGGAUUGCCUAGCUGGAAGGAAAACUUCUGGAUAUAUAGAGGGUGACAUUAAGAUAUCAGGAUACCUGAAACAACAAGAGACUUUUGCUAGAGUUUCAGGAUAUGUUGAACAAAAUGAUAUACAUUCUCCUCAAGUCACAGUUUUUGAAUCCCUAUGGUUUUCUUCUUAUCUGCGUCUUCCCAAAGAAGUGAAUAAGGAACAAAGAGAGGAGUUUGUUAAGGAGGUAAUGGAUUUGGUGGAACUUGACUCUCUAAAGAAUGCUUUGGUAGGCUUGCCUGGAAGUUCUGGCUUAUCAACAGAACAAAGAAAGCGCUUGACAAUUGCAGUAGAACUUGUGGCAAAUCCUUCGAUAAUUUUCAUGGAUGAGCCUACAUCUGGGCUUGAUGCACGAGCAGCAGCCAUUGUAAUGCGAACUGUUCGCAAUACUGUAGACACUGGCAGAACUGUUGUUUGCACAAUCCAUCAGCCAAGUAUCGAAAUUUUUGAAGCAUUUGAUGAGCUUCUUCUUAUGAAACGUGGAGGACAAGUGAUAUAUGGGGGGAAGCUUGGGGAGAAGUCACAAACUAUGGUUGACUACUUUCAGAGUAUUCCUGGGAUACCCCCAAUUCCUAGUGGUUACAAUCCUGCAACCUGGAUGCUUGAGAUAAGUACGCCAGCUGCUGAAGAAAGGAUGGGACAAGAUUUUGCAGUAAUAUACAGAAAUUCUGAGCAGUUCAGGGGAGUGGAGGCCUUAAUUAAGCAACUGAGCGUCCCGCCUGAGAACUCAGAACCUCUAAAGUUCACCAGCACAUACAGUCAAGGUGCAUUUUCUCAGUUUAGGAUCUGUCUCUGGAAGCAAAAUCUUGUGUAUUGGAGAAGUCCGACUUAUAAUGCUGUUAGGUUGUUCUUUACAACGUUGAGUGCUCUGAUUCUCGGUUCUAUAUUUUGGGAUGUCGGUUCAAAAAGGGACUCCACUCAAAAUUUGUUCGUUGUUAUGGGUGCACUUUAUUCUUCAUGCUUGUUCCUGGGGGUCAAUAAUGCUUCUUCUGUACAGCCAAUAGUUGCCAUUGAGAGAACAGUUUUCUACAGGGAGAAGGCUGCUGGAAUGUACUCUCCUCUACCAUAUGCAGCAGCUCAGGGGUUAGUCGAAAUUCCAUACAUCUUCAUGCAGACAUUACUAUUUGGAAUCAUUUCAUAUUUGAUGAUCAACUUUGAAAGGACAGCUGAAAAAUUUCUCCUAUAUCUAGUGUUCAUGUUUCUGACAUUCAGCUAUUUCACCUUUUACGGUAUGAUGGCUGUUGGUCUUACGCCAACUCCACAUUUGGCUGCUGUCAUUUCAUCUGCAUUUUAUUCGCUGUGGAACCUCAUGUCUGGCUUUCUUGUUCCAAAACCUAGUAUCCCUGGAUGGUGGAUAUGGUUCUACUACAUCAGCCCAGUGGCAUGGACGUUGCGGGGCAUUAUUAGCUCUCAACUUGGCGAUGUAGAAGAAAUAAUGACAGGACCUGGAUUUCAAGGCACUGUGAAAGAGUACCUGGAGGUCAGUCUAGGUUUUGGACCUGGAUGGAUUGGGUGGUCAGCUCUGAUACUUGUUGGAUUUUGCUUGCUCUUCUUCACUGUCUUUGCAUUAUCAGUCAAAGUUCUCAACUUCCAAAAAAGAUGAUGAGAUUGUUAUUGCUUUUUUGGCA